AUGGGGAGCGCGGCGCCGGGGGACGGCCCGAGGGUGCUGCGGGCACUCACCGGGUGCCUGCUGGGCGCCCUGGUGCUGAGCACGCUGCUGGGCAAUGCGCUCGUGUGCCUCGCCAUCCUGCGCUUCCGCCACCUCCGCAACAAGGUCACCAACUGGUUCGUGCUGUCGCUGGCCGUCUCGGACCUCUGCGUGGCCCUCUUGGUGAUGCCCUGGAAGGCCGUCACUGAGGUGGCUGGAGGCUCCUGGCUCUUUGGCAGCCACUUUUGUGACACCUGGGUGGCCUUCGACAUCAUGUGCUCCACAGCCUCCAUCCUCCACCUCUGCAUCAUCAGCCUGGACCGGUACUGGGCCAUCGCCAGCCCCUUUCGCUAUGAGCGCAGGAUGACACAGCGCCUUGCCUGUGCCAUGAUAGCCAUGGCCUGGGCUCUCUCCAUCCUUAUCUCCUUCAUCCCGGUGCAGCUACACUGGCAUAAAGCCAAGGACAGUAGAGAUGCAGGCUCCUGGCUACUUGGGACACCCCGCUGUGAUGUCAGAUUGAACCCCACUUAUGCCAUCACCUCCUCCCUUAUCAGCUUCUACAUCCCCGUGGCCGUAAUGAUCAUCACCUACACCAGGAUCUACAGAAUUGCCCAGGCCCAGAUCCGCCGCAUCUCCACCCUUGAGAGAGCAGGGGGGCAGCGGCCGGCUCCUGGCAAGGAGUCCACCUCCUCUUUACGGAGCUCCUUGCACAAGGAGACCAGGGUGCUGCAGACCCUUUCUAUCAUAAUGGGAGUCUUUGUUUGCUGCUGGCUGCCCUUCUUCCUGCUGAACUGUCUGCUGCCCUUCUGCCAGCCCAGCCUCGAGGAAGACCCUGAGGGACAGUCGCUUUGUAUUGGCCAAACCACCUUCAACGUCUUUGUGUGGUUUGGCUGGGCCAACUCUUCAGUGAAUCCAGUGAUCUAUGCUUUCAACGCAGACUUCAGGAGAGCUUUCAGCAAUCUCUUGGGCUGCCGGUGCUGCUGCUGUGGGGCACCCAAAUCCCCUGUGGAGAGGGUCAAUUUCAGCAAUGAGCUGGUUUCCUAUCACCGUGACAGCACCUGCCAGAAGGAAGGAGCUGUGGCAUCCUCAGUACCUCCUGCUGCCGUCACUGUCUGGGUGCAGCCCGUGCCCCACACCAAAAGCCUCCAGGGAGAGGACAGCAGUGAGAUGUCGUCUAUGGAGAAGAGGGUUGUGACUUCUCAGACACAGACUGCCCCUGGCAGCAGCCCCAGGAGUUGUCAAGUGCCAGCUAUUUUGCAAGUGGAUUGCAAGGCAAAGCCAUCCCUGGAAACUGUUGCCCCCUGUACAGGACUUGGUCAGUGUGAGGGACCCCAUUGCCUUGUUUCAGAGGAAUGAGUGAUUAAACACUUCUCACAUACACAGCCACCACACAGGGAGAUUCUCCUUCUCUCCAUGUAAGUUCCCCAGCAGCAAAAGUCUCACACCAGAGGGAGGGAAAAACACUGCUCUUAGCACAGAGGAGUGAUAGGCAUACGGAGUCCAUUCCAAAGGCACAUAGCAGCCACACGCUAACCCCUUCCCAUGGCCACCUUCACCCCAUUCUGACAGUCAUUAGACAUCUCCCAUGCAUUUGUUCACCCCCAUUCUGCAGUCAAAUUUGAGGUAUGUAUUAAGAAUAGUGAGAUAAUUAGAUCAAAGCAAAAACAACUUAUAGUUCAGGCAGCCAGUCCCUCCAGAAAGUAGAAAUAUAAUAUGAUCCACAAAAUAAAGAGUGACCAGGUCAUCUCUGUCAACCCAUUUCACUACUUGUAAAUACGAAGAGCAAUGAAAGGCAAAGCAAAUAGGUGUUGGAUGGCUUGCAGGAGAGAAAAUACUGGGAAAAAAUUUAUGAUAGUUUCUAUGUGUGUAGAAGGGUUCAGCAGACAUUAAGGCAAUACAGUGGUACCUCACUGUCCUCUAUUUCUCUGUCCACUACUUAAAGGUUCUGCUGCUGACCAUUUAAUAUGUGCCACUAGCCACCAUCCUUACCCCAUCUUUUCUGUCUCUCAUCUAUGAUGGAUUUGCUCUGAUUUAUCUCAGGAGGAAGAUGAAGAUGCAACUGUCCAGAAGAGACAGCAAGAAUGCUUACACUGCAAGAGUUUUUUGGGCAUUGUCUCAUAGAUGGCACAGAUGAUAUUUUUCAGAAUAGUGAUUCGUGCUGAAAGGACAGCAGCAGAAGAGACUCUCCUCCCAGUGAUCCUCCUCCCUGUGAUUUUAAACCAUGUGUAGUUUUUAACUUCCUGUAUGCAUUUUCCCCAUCAUUAAUUCUUAUGGGAAAAUAUGCUCUGGCUAUGCUGCUCUUUUCAGGAUUGUGUCCUUGGGGAAUACUUGGGUGUGACUGCAAUCUGUUCUUCAUGGGUUACACUGGCAGGACAAGAAUUCAUGGGCUGUAAGGAAGACCAAGGCAAGAAUUUGGAAAAAACUUUCUAAGAAUAAGGAUAAUUAAGCACUGGACUACGUUCCCUAGGUAAAUUAUGACAUCUCUCUCAGUAAAAUGACUGUAAGCCUCUGUCAGAUAUGACAGUGACAAUAUUGAUCCUGCCUUGGGGCAGAGGCACAAAGCAAUGGUCUCUUGAGAUAAUCUCUAGUCUUGCUUCACUAUGACAAUGUCUCCUUAAGAAGCAUUGAGCUGAAGAUGUUUGGCUGUGGGGUUUUUGCAUGCAACUAUCCUGAGAUAUUUUCUUGAAAGCAAAAAAGGUACAGAUAAGAAUUUGAGAUGCCAUUGCUAUACUUCCUUUCUUUUAGUGAUUAUUCAUGUUUCUGAGCUUUUAACAACUAUGAUUCAGCAUGCCUAGCGCCUCCUCUGGAGAACAACCCUGAAAUAAUCCUGGUGUUGCCUUAAAAAAGAUUCAAAGUAAGUUUUUUUUUGUUUUGAUUCCCAUUGUUUAGUUUCUAGGUGAUCAUAUAUGAACUGUACAUGGAUUCAGGUGUUAAAGAUUCGAUUUGUGAGAGUAUUUUCCUCAAUACAUGUCUUUCUUCUUACUCAGAACAGAAACACAAAAGAAUGUCAAAAUCUAAAUCCUUAAAAAAAACCAAACAAAACAAAACCCUCAAAAAUUAUAUCUUCGAGUUCUAAGAGACAUCUUAUCUCACUUUCUCCACACUAAAACCCAUCCUGGAGAGAUACUGAUAAACCUGACAAGAUACUAUCCUGAAGUGUGACUCCCCCGUUGCCUGCUGCCCUUCUGUUUCUGUUGCAUGAGCUUCAGCUGGCUCCAUCCCUCAAGGAGUGAACUGUCCCUGCCCACACACAUCUUCCAGCUCAUGAGCAGGCACUCUUCUGGCAGUCAAGGACACACAUGAAAUUAUUAUGCACAGAAUAUAAUUUUUUUUUUUUUUUUUUUUUAGUAUGUGUAGAGUCUCAUUAGUGAUAGAAGAUGUUAAUUAAUGGAAGAGAAAGAUUUAGCUUCUCAUGAGGUUUGCCCUGCUAUGGGGGCUGUCUUGCCCAGGAAUUAGGCUGCACUUACUAUUUAGAGUGAUGAUGAAAAUGGUGAAGGGCAGAGUGGGUAGCAGAAAUUAAGCAAUGGAUAUAUUUGAAUAAUGUUUUCUCUUGAGAACAAACAAAAAUGCAUGAUAGCUUCAAUCUAUGAAACUAUAUUUGUGUUAAGAAUGGAAAAAGCUAUUUGUGUCAGUGCUUGUGGCCAUAGUUUAAAUAUGCUUCAUUAACAGGUCAGAUUGCCCAUGAAAAUAAAUGUACAUUUUCCUGAAGAAAAACUCCUUGUCUUUACUGCAGCUUUUUAAAGUGACAACUUGAAAUUGGUUUUUGUAAGUGAUGUUGGAAAUAAUUGUUUGUAGCUAGUUGCUAAUGGUUAUUACUGAUGUGCAGAUGAUACACAUUACAGUAGUUUACAGUUGUAAGGUCUGCUGCAAUAAGUGCAGUGCAAUGA